AUGGCUACGACUUCCUGCGUGGCCGAAGCUAACCAGGCCUGUCCUCCUCACCCAUUCUCGCAGAACCGCUUCGAGACUCGGGACGAUGUGAUAGCAGCGUGUUCCUCAUUGUUAGACCCUCUGGAGUCCGGCUUCUCACCAGAAUGUGCACUUGUGCGCGUGGGCUCCACCGGCACCAGAUCUCAAAUCGAAGGAUUUGCUCGACCACUAUGGGGCCUUGCUCCACUCCUCGCUGGUGGUACUGACUACAAGAACGCCCAUCUCUUCAUCAAGGGCCUGGCUUCCGGCACGAACCCAGAGGGACCAGAGUUUUGGGGCGCUAUGCAAGACCUCGAUCAGCGUAUGGUCGAGUCCUGCCCCAUCGGAUGGACCCUAGCAAUCGCGGGCAAGCACUUCUGGGAUCCACUGACUGAGCAGGAGAAAACGAAUGUUUCCAAGUGGAUCGGGUCGAUGAACGACAAGGAGAUGCCAAACACCAAUUGGUUAUGGUUUCGAGUAUUCGCCAAUCUGGGGUUGAAGGCCAACAACGCCCACUAUUCACACAACCAGAUUGAAGCAGAUAUGGAUCAUCUUGACACAUUCCAUCGUGGAGAUGGCUGGUCCAACGAUGGCCCGGAAGGCUAUACUCAGAUGGACUAUUACUCCGGCUCCUUUGCCAUCCAGUAUCUGCAGCUGCUAUACUCGAAACUGGCUGCAGACUUUGAUCAAGCUCGAGCGAGUGAGUAUCGCAAACGAGCGAGGUCAUACGCGCUCGACUUCGUGCAUUAUCAAGCGCCUGAGGGCCAUAGUAUUCCGUUCGGUCGCAGUUUGACCUAUCGCUUCGCAACAAUUGCAUUUUGGACGCUUUUGCAUACGCUGAUGUCGAGCCUCCUGCGCCUCUGA